UUUAGUAGAGACGGGGUUUCACCGUGGUCUCGAUCUCCUGACCUCGUGAUCCACCCGGCUCGGCCUCCCAAAGUGCUGGGAUUACAAGCGUGAGCCACCGCGCCCGGCCUGAUAUCUUUAUUUCUAUUGAACCGUCACAUUAUUUACUUCUUUUUCUUGUCUAGUUGCACUGAAAAGGACGUGGAGCAAGGUGUCGAACACAAGUGAUGAUAACAGGAUUUAUAUUUCAUUCCCAUUCCUAGGUAGAAGCUUUCAAAUUCUCCAUUAAAUAUGGUACCGGCCCUAAGUUAUUACAUUCUUAUUAGAGAAAGUUCACGGCUAUUUAAGUGUUUUUAAUAGUGCUUUCAAAAUCAUAAAUGACCAUUUCAUUGUAUCAAAUAUUUUCUUCCUCUUUUUACAGGAACAAUGAUAUGUAUUUCAUCCUGUUCAUGUGGUGAUUACUUAUUUCAUUUUCUGAUGUUGCCUUAGUCAACCUUUCUAGAAUAAGCUCCACUUGGAAAUGAUAUGAGUUUAUCUCUCACAAGAUUUGAUUAGCUAGCUAACUUUUUUGAAUUGUUGCACCUAUAUUUAUUUUAGAGUCUGUACUGCAAUUCGCAUUUCUUGUAACACACUUAUCAGGAUCGAAUAUCAAAAUUCUAUGUUGGAGCUUGGCACAGCAGCUAGAGCCUGUCAUCACAGCCCUUUGGGAGGCCAAGACAGGAGGAUCACUGGAGCCUAGAAGUUUUGGGCUUCAGUGAGCUAUGAUCUUGCCAUUGCACCUCAGCUUGGGCAACAGAGAGAGAAGCUGUUUACAAAAAGUAAAAGAAAAACACAACAGAAAAGCAAAGUUACGAGUUGGGAAGUAUUACUGCUUUUUUCUGUUCUCUAGAAGGGUUUGUCUAAAAGUGUGUGUUUUUUUUCUUAAAUGUUGUGAAUAUUUUACUGAAAAAGAUCACCGGUUUUUUUGUUGGGAGAAAUUUUGUUUUUUAAAUAAUAGGGUAAAUUUUUAGAAUCUAAAUCAUAUCUUAGAUUUGUCUAUGGUUUCUUCUGUUGGUUUUUGUCAGAUAUGUUUUUCAGAGAAAUUUCUCAUUUCAUCUAAAUCAUCAAGUGUAUGAGCAUAAAAGUCAUCUUAAAAUCUUCUUAUUAACAUAUUAAUUUGUGGACGACCUAAGUGUUUGCAUAUUUGAACUCCUCGUCUCCAUUUUUUAAUUGAGUCUCACUAAGAAUUUAUCAAUUUAAUUUAUCUAUUUAAAGAGCCUACUUUUUGUGGGUGUGGUGGCUCACACCUGUAAUCCCAGCACUUUGGGAGGCCGAGGUGAGUGGAUUAUUUGAGGUUAGGAGUUUGAGACCAGCCCAGCCAACAUGGUGAAACCCCAGCUCUACUAAAAAUACAAAAAUUAGCCAAGCGAGAUGGCGCGUGCUUGUAAUCCCAGCUACUCGGGUGGCUAAGGAAGGAGAAUCACUUGAACCUGUGUGGCAGAGGUUGCAGGGAGCCGAGAUCGCACCAAUGCACUCCAGCCUGGGUGACAGAGUGAGACUCUGUCUCAAACAAAAAAAACAAAAAACAAAACAAAACAAAAAAAGGCUACUUUUGACUUCAUUGAUUUUAUCUACUGUAUGCUUUUUAAUCAAUAUUCUACAAUUUUUUUAUUUUUUUUAGAUUUUGGCAUGAAUUUACUUUUGUUUAUCUGGCUCUUCGGGAUAGACCUUUAUUUGUAAAUAACAGAUAAAUAUAAUGCUAUACAUUUUCUUCUUAACAUUGUUUUAGUUAAAUCUCAGAAGUUUUGUUUCUAUAUAUCUUGAAUAUUAUCCCAUGAAAAAUAUAUUCAUUGCUUUUCUUUAAUUCAUGCAUUUGCAGAGAAACUGUAAAGGAAAGAGAAGAAAAUACUUUUUAAAACUUUAUUUUAAGUAUAGCAAUACAUGCGCAGGUUUGUUACGUGGGUAAUCUUGUGUCAUCAGGGUUUGUUGUAUAGAUUAUUUUAUCAACCAGGUCCCAAGCCUAGCACCCAUUAGUUAUUUUUCCUGAUCCUCUCCCUCUUCUAACCCCGCAUCUUCCUAUAGGCCCCAGCGUGUGUUGUUCCCCUCUAUGUGUCCAUAUGUUCUCCUCAUUUAGCUCCCACUUGUAAGUGAGAACAUGCACUAUUUGGUUUUCUGUUCCUGUGUUAGUUUGCUAAAGAUAAUAGCCUCCAGCUCCUACCCUGUCCCUGCAAAAGAUGUGAUCUAGUAAUUUUUUAUGGCUGCACAGUGGGAAUACAUUUUCUAGUUAUAUUAUAAAACAAUAAAACACAACUGAAAUUAAUUUUAGUAAAAAUUUUUAACCAAAUAUAUCCAAUAUGUUUUGACAUGAUUAACAUUACAAAUAUCAGUAAGAUAUUUUAUAUUGUUACUUUUUUGUUUGUUUUGAGACAGGGUCUUCCUCUGUCACCCAGGCUGGCAUGCAGAGAUGGGCAUUCCAGCUAACUGCAGCCUCAACAUCCUGUGCUCCAGCAAUCCUCCCACCUCAGCCUCCCCAGUAGCUGGGACUACAGGUUCCUGCCACGACACCCGGGUACAAUUCUGUUUUUUGUAAUGAUGAGGUUUCACAAUGUUGACCAGGCUUGUCUCAAACUUCUUGAAGCAUGAAAUCCUCCCACUGCAGCCUCCCAAUGGGCUGGUAUUACAGGCAUGAUCCACUGCACUCUGCUUUCUUACCUUUCGUACUAAAUUUUUGAAAUUAUGCACUAGAAGAUCUGAAGUAAAAGAAGUGUUAAAAAAGAUGAGGCCCCCAAAUUGCAAGAUCAUGCUGUAUCCAGAAUUGGUGGGUUCUCAGUCUCACUGACUUCAAGAACGAAGCCAUGGACCCUGGCGCAUCGUGCAUGGAGGAUCCACAUGGUUUCCACAGAGCUGGAGUCAUUCAGGGAAGCUUCUUAUAUGGAGAGUGGUCCAGAAGAAUUCUACCAAAGAUUUACGAAGUGUUUUUCUGCAACUCACAUCUUCAUAAGUAAAAAGGGUAAAGAUUCUCAGAAUACAGUUCAUGGAUAUCUGAUUCUUAACAGGAAGCCCAGAGGACACCAAACUCGUGAGACAAAUGCAUGAAUUUUCCUGCAAACACUGUUCAGACCAGUUAUAGAAUAUUCAGAAAUACAGAAUCACACAUACUGCAGGACUUCCAGAAAUAAAUCAUCCACUGACUCUUAAAAGUAAGGAACUCUGGUGUCUACAUAACCGGGAUCUUAUAAGUAAGCCAAAGACAUCAAAAUGGCUUUGCCUAGAAACCAAGGCCAUUGGUCCAACGCAGACAUCUUGAGGUUACUGGAAUGCAUGGAGAAUAAUCUGCCAUCUGAUGACAAGGGCACGUUCAGCUCAACUCAGUCACACAUGGACUGGGGAAAAGUAGCUUUUAAAAACUUUUCUGGUGAAAUGUGCAGACUCAAAUGGUUAGAGAUUUCUUGCAGCUUGAGAAAAUUCAGCACUUUGAACAAAUUAGUCCUGGAAGCUAAGAAAUGUGUUAAAAAUACAAACAAAAUCCAAAAAGGCAGGAACCAUCCAGACUUUCCAAAGAGGCCCCUUACUGCUUAUAUCCGCUUCUUCAAGGAGAAUUGGCCCCAGUACUCCCAAAUGUACCCUGGGAUGAGAAGCCAGGACCUGACCAAAAUCCUGUCAAGGAAAUACAAGGAGCUCCCAGAGCAGAUGAAACAGAAAUAUAUUCAGGAUUUCCAGAAGGAAAAGCAAGAAUUUAAGGAGAAACUUGCUCGAUUCAGGGAAGAACACCCUGAUUUAGACCAGAAGGGCAAGAAAUCUGAUGUCUCCAAGAGGAUUCAAACCAAAGUGCAAAAGAAGGUUCAGAAAAAUAUUGAAGAAAUGAGGUCUCUUCCAAAAACAGAUCAAUUUUUCAAGAAAGUAGAAUUUCAUGGAGAGCCUCAGAAACCCCCCAUGAAUGGAUACCACAAGUUUCACCAAGAUUCCUGGUCAAGUAAGGAGCUGCAACAUUUGUCCCUGAGGGAGCGCAUGGUAGAGAUUGGCAGACGCUGGCAGCGCAUCCCGCAGAGCCAGAAGGAUCAUUAUAAGAGCCAGGCUGAGGAGCUGCAGAUGGAAUACAGAGUGAAAUUGGAUCUCUGGCUCAAGACUUUGUCACCUGAAGACUAUGCUGCAUACAAAGAAUCGACCUAUGCUAAGGGUAAGAAUAUGGCGAUGACAGGAGGCCCGGCCCCCAACUUGAGACAAACAGAUCCGCAGUCCUCAUCAGCAAAUGGUCUGCAAGAAGGGUUUGGGGAGGGGCAGGGGCUCCAGGCUGCAGGAACAGAUGCAUCACAGACUAUUUCGGUAAACUGUCAUGUCUCCACGGAACCAGAAGAGAACAGGAAGAAAGAUGGCGAAGAGGAAGAAAGCAGUAACUCUUUAGACUGCAGCAGUGGAGAAGAAAUAGAAGUUGAUGUCUGAAGGCAGUGACUCUAGUGCAGCUUCCUCAGAGGACUUCUAACUGGGACUCCACCUGACUCAGACUCCGCCUGACUCAGACUCCAGGGUCAGGCAGAGUUUCUCCGCAAAAGCCCAUUCAUCCCAUCUGUGUCAAGGAAAAGGGACUCUCCUUCUGCCUCUUUUUACUUCUUUGCUUUUUUUUUUUUCUUUUCUUCCUUCCGCACUCUCCUCCUCUACACAAAAUAGGACAGGUUGGAAAGAAGCAACGUGGUGCAGCACCCUCUUCCAUCAGGAUUACAAACCUGGGAGGGACUCUUUGGGGAGAAUAAAUAUAAGUUUGAGCCAAUACCAACCUUAUCCUUAAAAAACAGACAAAUAUCCCUUUCCCAGUGAAUUUCCUGCAAUUAAAGCUUCUGGAAUGAAGCGAUGAUUAGGUGUAGGGUACACACUGUAUUAGACUGAAUAUUUCUGAAGCAAGAAGCUUUGCUUUACUCAUUUUUGUUCUGCUAAAGGCAGUAAGAACACACCCAUGAGCCUGGGACCCCGACCCUCCCUGUGGAAAUGUUUUUCAGGACUCCUGCACUUAAUCUAGGGUUGGGGAUAUUUGAUGAAAGGUGGGGUAGAUGUCUUAAGAAAAUUGUUGUACUCUUGAUAUCUCUCUCCUCCACUCCCUGAAGUAAGGAGUUGGUCACUCGCAUGCCUGGGAGUAGGCAGCAAUAUUUCUGUAUAUAUAUAUAUGUCUGACUCUUAGCUUUCAUUGAGACUUUUCUUUCUCAUUUCCAAAAAAAAAAAUGAAAAUACAAAAUAAAAACUUACCUAUUUCAUCUGAAUGAGCUCCUCCACAGAAUCCCUUAUGACAUUGGGUACAGCAUCUCUAAGUGCCAUCUGCAUUUAUUCUUGAAGCUCCAAAUAUUUUCUGCUGCUUCAGGUGCAGGUGAAUCUCACCUUAAGCACUCAGGAUUGAUAGAAAGAUGCACAGAAAGACACGUAUAGAUAAAUACACUAUUCUGUUUCACUAUCUGCUCUAUGAAUUCAUGCACCAAUAUAAAAUUGUUUUAAUUUUUUUUUGGUUUACUAAUAUGUUUGAAAAUCAAUCUAAGGUUAGUGCCUUCUCAGUAUACCUUUAUUCUCUUAAACAUUUCUGGAUAUUUUCAUAUUUUGUUCUCAUGAAUAUAAGCAUCACAGAAGUAGAUGUAUACUUUUUAUAUGAAAACCAUUGACUAUCAUGUGUUUAU